AUGUUAGAAAUGGAGAAGAAACAACUUAUCUGGCUGCCGGGCUCUGCCGGGAGCUCCCCCGGCGGGAGGAGGGCGGGCGGCGGCCCCGCGCUGGGCUGUGCCGGGGCUCUGUGGGGACGCUCCGGCCACAGGGCCGGGCAGCCGCGGGACGCGGGGCAGGGCUGGGGGCUGUGCUGGCCCAGCCCGCUGCGGGGCUGUCCCCUCUCUGCUCCCGUGCAGAGCAAUAGAGUCCCUGCCAGGCUGGCGGGUGCCCCGCAGGGAGAAGAGCCCGGCCCCGAGGAGGCUCAGCGCUGCUGUGACCCGCGGUCCGUGUCACCUGCCUUCGGCACAGUCCCCACAGCUCCCUUGGCCAGGAGCAUCCAGCUGAAGGAUCCGGGAGUUUGCACCUCCUCUUUUGCAGGAGAGCCAGCCUGCCUGGAUACCAGCUGCUUGACCAAACGACACUGUGGAAAAAUCUGCCCGGAGUCAAGCUGGCCAGUGAGUGCCCACUGGGGGGUAUUUAAGGCAGUGCCCAGCGCUGUUGUCUGGUACAGUCCAUUCAGUGUUGCUCAGGGUCCUGUGCUGGCUGCUGGCCCCACUCCUCGCUCCGUCCUGCUUGCCUCUAUCUUGCCUGCUUCCCUCCUGCUCGGGUCCCACCUGCCUGUGUCUGCAUCUUCUGCUCAUCUUGGAUCCAGUCUGCUCACCACCUGCUUCUCUCUGGCGGUUCUUCCCUGACUGCCUGAAGCUGACUACACUCGAUUCCCUUGCUGGUGGUGGUAACCUUUUUCCAAUUUCCUUUUGUAGCCUUUCCUUUUCCUUAUCUCCCCCUCUUCUUCUCCCCACCUCCCCCUCGC